AUGAGCGAAGCACCUCUUGGUUUCUCCGAGGCUUGCCCCGUCUACGCGCCAUUCUUUGGUGCUAUGGGUUGCACAGCUGCUAUUGUCUUCACAUGCCUGGGUGCCUCAUACGGUACCGCCAAGUCAGGUGUUGGUAUCGCUGCCAUGGGUGUCCUCCGACCUGACCUCAUCGUCAAGAACAUUGUUCCCGUCAUUAUGGCUGGUAUCAUUGGUAUCUACGGUCUCGUCGUUUCGGUCCUGAUUUCCGAUGGCCUCAAGCAACAGCUAUCUCUCUUCACUGGUUUCAUUCAGCUUGGUGCUGGUCUGUCCGUCGGUCUUGCUGGUCUUGCCGCUGGUUUCGCUAUCGGUAUCGUUGGUGACGCUGGUGUGCGCGGAACUGCUCAACAGCCCCGACUCUUCGUCGGCAUGAUUCUGAUUCUCAUUUUCGCCGAAGUUUUGGGUCUUUACGGUCUCAUUGUUGCCCUUCUCAUGAACUCGAAGGCUGGCUUCGACGUUAGCUGUUAG